AUGAAGAAAUGUAAUGAAUUCUUCGAAGAAGCAGACGACCUCGAAGGAGAAUUAGACGAGCUCGAAGAAGAAUCAGAUGACCUCGAAGAAUCAGACGACCUCGAAGAAGAAUCAGACGACCUCGAAGAAGAAUCAGACGACCUCGAAGAAGUAGACGAGGAAGCUGAGGCUCUUGUGGUUGAAGACGAACAAAUUGAAAACGCCAAAGCAGAAAAUUUGCUUUCUUUUAUUAGCUCAUUGGAUAAAAAAAGAAAACGAACCGAUAAUGACAAUCCUAUAGAAAAAAGUAAAAAGCAAAUCAAAGAACGUACAGAAGCUUACGAAGAAUCAGAAUAUAAUCUAGCAACCAGAGAGUCUUCAACAGGAAAAAAGAAAGUUAAUUUUCAUGAUCUAAUAGGCACAAUUCAAGAGGAAGCAGGAUUUAGUGGAUUAAAACAAAAAUUAGCAUCGCUUGAAAGUGGUGGUAAUAAAGGAACUUAUAAAGAACCUUUACCAGCUCCUCUACCUCAACGUAUUCAGGAUAAGUUGAAUAGACAAGUUGCUUAUGAAGAAACUAAGAAAGAUAUUAGUAAAUGGGAACAAACUGUUCGGCAAAAUCGUGAAGCUGAUCAUUUGAAAUUCCCAAUGAAUCCAAUUCCUCAACAUACACCAACAGUUAAUCUUUUAGCAGGCACAUUCAAACCUUCAACAACACUUGAGAAAGAAGUUGAUUCUAUAUUGGUAAAAAGUGGGAUGAAAGAAGAGGAUAUUCAAAAAUAUGAAGAUAUUCAACUAAACAAAUUAUCUACUGAAGAAGUUGCAGCACGACGUAGAGAACUUCGUCGUAUGCGUGAAUUAAUGUUUCAACAAGACUUGGCUCAAGAAGAACGAAUGAAAUUAGAAGCAGCUCGAGCGAAAGAGCGUAUGACUUUAAAGCACAAAAAUACUAGCAAAUGGGCCAAACAAGCACUUAAACAUGGCCGACAUGAUGUGGAGAGCCGGCAAGCAAUUCUUGAGCAAUUACAGAGACAUGAUGAUUUGAAACGUAAAAUUCAUGACCUUGGUUCUGAUGAAGAAUUAGAUGAUGUAUCGAGUGAAUCUAAUAAUGAAGAAGAUGAAAACGUUAUAAAAGAAAAGGCAUUUGACGAGUUGGCACAAUAUCAGCUUAAAGAAUCGAACGAAGAAGAAUCUGUGAAGGGUAUAAUGGGCAUGAAAUUCAUGCAAGACGCUAUGAAUCGAGAGCGAAAAGCGACACAGCAGUUAAUAGACGACUUUAUAGAAGACUUGGAAAAUAAUGGUUUUAGCGAUGAAGAAGAAGAAAAUAAACAGACUAAAAAAAAUAAUGAGAAGGUAAAGGAUCCGAUGAAGCAUAUAGACAACAAUCUUGGAAGAAUGAUAUUUGGUGUUGAAAAUAAG